AUGACUUCUGUGUAUACCAUAAAUUAUGCUCUUCGAGCUCAUAAACGUGAUCCAUUUAUCGAAUUCAUAAAGGGAAUGCUUAUGACCCCAUUCGUUCUUCACGCGAGACCACUUCCACAUAUCUAUGAUCCAACUGAAAAGGAGGAUUCCCCCGGUGACGAUGAUUAUCAUAUGGAUGCAAAUGUUGCUAGGUAUUGUGACAUUUUAUCAAGCAUUGAAGAAUUGAUCAAUGAGCAUAUUCGAAAACAAGCUAAAGGUGUUCCUGACCAAUCAAGACUUAAAAGACUUGUUCCUUCAAUAUCAACUUUUCAUACUCAAUUACCGCUACGCGAAUCAUUUGUGUUAGCUAACACCAAGCAUUCUAUUGCUGCGCGUAGAUUUGUACCUCCAAGCUUCAACGAUAUUCGAAGAAUAUUGAACACGGCACAGAACAUUGCAAUCGCGCCAAAACUCAAAUUAAUAACAUUUGAUGGGGAUAUGACACUUUAUGAUGAUGGGAAAGAUUUUGAGCAUGAUUCAGAAUUGGUGAAAUUACUUAUGAGGUUAUUAGAACACGAUCUGUAUGUUUGUGUGGUUACAGCUGCUGGAUAUCCUGGAGAUGCUUCACGAUACGAACAAAGACUAUCUGGUUUAUUAAAAGGGUUUGAAAAUGCACGACUGUCAAAAGAGAUGUGUGAAAAGUUUUUUGUGUUGGGAGGUGAAUGCAAUUACCUUUUACAAUGUCAAGAUAAUUAUCAUUUAAAAUAUCUUAAAGAAUCUGAGUAUCAACCACAAUGUAUCCGCUCCUGGAAACCUGAUCAAAUUAAAGCCAUAUUGGAUUUAGCUCAAGAGAAUUUGCAAAGAUGCAUUGACGAUAUGAAGUUGCCGUGUACAGUUUUACGUAAAAGCAAGGCGGUUGGUAUCGUGCCUAAACCUAAUGUAAAGAUAUUUCGAGAACAGUUGGAUGAGUGUGUAUUAUCUACACAACAUCGAAUUGUGAAUUAUCUACAAUCACCACGGGGAAGUGAGAAUUCACUGCCAUUUUGCGCAUUCAAUGGUGGGAGUGACGUAUGGGUAGAUAUUGGGAAUAAACUUAUAGGGGUACAUAUAUUACAAGAAUUCCUUGGCGCAAAGCCUCAUGAAACUUUACAUGUUGGGGAUCAAUUUUUGUCUACCGGAAAUGAUUUCGCUACAAGGCAUCAAUGUUGUACAUUAUGGAUUGUUAAUCCUAUUGAAACACAAAAUGUGUUGGUCGAAUUAACCGCAUUAUUGGAAGCGAAGAAGCCAGAACGAGUUGUAAAAUAA